UUGCCAGGACAACCGGUCCUGACCCUGAGCCCGCUGAUGUCGGGACCAACGGUUCUGCAGACGGGUUCUACACCAGGUGUGGCCUCAGUCACCCUCAACAUCCCCAGUCUGGCCAAUCAGCAGAUCCAUCUCACCUCACAGCCCCACCCCACAACCGCCUCAAACUUGAACAACCUGCUGCACCUGGUUCAACCAGCAACUAAACAACAACAACAACAGCUGGUCCCAGCAGGUGAACCCACCCCUCCUCCUCCCCUGGUGGUCUCUGCUGGACCUGACCUCUCCUCAGACCAGAUCAAGGACCAGGACCAGGACCAGGCUCCAUCUCAGACUGACACCAGACCUGAGUCCUCCUCGUCGUCGUCUCCACCCUCCACCCCGGCCCCGUUGUCCUCGCUGUGCCCAGGUCUGAGCGCUGAUCAUCGGGUUGGGCUCAGCGUGGGGGGGCCUCUGGGUCCAGGGACCAGAGGGGACGGUGAGACCGAGAGUCUGACGUCCCUCCUCAACGAGAUCGUCUUCCUCAACCAGCAGACUGUCUCCACGGCAAUAACAGCGGGGGUUUUGUCUGAGACUGAUGCCACAGUGGGUGGAGCCAAUGAACAGGGCCACGCCCGCAGCCCCUGGGCCCUGCAGCCAGACCCUGACCCUGACUACACUGUUACCAUGGAGACGGAGGAGCCGGGGCUUCAGGGACACGCAGAGACGACGCAUGUCGGACCUCAGACCGGACUGGCCAACGAGAACACUAAAGGUGGUGUCCUGGCUCCGCCCCCUCUGCUGCAAAUGAAAGUGGGUGGAGUCAAAGUGGCAGAACCCGCCAGCAGUGACGGAGCAGCAGCAGCAGGGAGAAGCGGGGGAGGGGUGAGGAUGGAGGAAGGCGUGGCCUGGAGGCCAAUGCCGAGGCUUGUUCCUCUGGGGCUGAGAGGAAACCUGCCCAGCUGACAUCACACCGCCUGACUGAUGAUGUCACAGCAGGUUCAGGCUCUCAUUGGUCAACAGUCAGAGAACGCUCUCUUUUUGGCUCUGGCUGUUUGAGAUGUUUAAUUCCUGAGAAUUGUCUAAUGAUUUCCUCUAAAACAGAAACACCACACAUCUGACAGCCAAUCAGAAGCCCUGCUGUUGCCUUGACAACCAGUCAAACCUUUCAUUGAUGUUUACAGAUGAUCUGAGAUUUUGUUUAGUUUGUUUGUCUUUUAUUUAUUUUGUUUUUCUGAACUUAAACUUGUCAAGGCAGCAACACGCAACCAGAGCCACUGUGUGGGCAACAGUUGCCAGGUAACAGUUGCCGGGUAACUGUUGCUGUGGAUGUUGCUUUUUAGUUUCAUGGUUUCAUGAUUGUUGCCAGAGCAGGAUCAUAAAUCAGACACAUGUUCAUGUAAUGUAGUGCCUCUCUGAUAUCCAAAGAUGUGUGUGUGUGUGUGUGUGUGUGUGUGUGUGUGUGUGUGUGUGUGUGUGUGUGUGUAGACGUCAGUAAUGUAAACCCAGCAGCCUCUUCUCUGCAGACUCAACAGAAGCUUCCUGAAAGUGUGUGUGUGUGUCUGUGUGUGUAUGUGUGUGUGUGUGUAAGUCUGUAAGUCUGUGUGUGUGUGUGUGUGUGUGUGUGAGAGAGACAUCACACUGAAAACACACCUUUGAGAAUGAGGUGGAGAUAUUUGGAGAAAAGAGUCGUAGUGUUGUGAUUCAGUUUCUUCCUUGUGACAUCAUCAUGUGAUUUCAUGAUACUGCAGCUCAGGGUUAUUUUCAUUAUUGAUCACUGAUCGUUAUUUGAUCAGUAAAUGUCAGAUAUCGUCCAACAGUCCUCAGCAAAACUGCAGGAGGCAGGUGACAACUAAACCUGAAACUCAGAAUGAAGAAGAAUCAAGUUGCUCUGAUUGGACGGAACCGAACUGCAAAAUGUAAAUACAUUUAAAACAUAUUGAAAUAUUUAAGUUUGAAACCAUCACUGAAUAAAUUUGCUUUGAAAACUUUAGAGUCAAAACAACUUUAUUCAGGUCACUCAAAUGUUUUUCUUUCAUUUUUGAUCAAACUGAUAAAAAAAACCAAGUUACUGAAAUUGGACGUGUGAAUUUUAAUCCAGUCGAGUGAGUGACGCUCAAACAAAGAGGAGAAACAUCAAGACGUUUGCAUGUGAAAUUAAACUUAAACUUUAUUCUAGAAAUGUAUUCCUCAAAGUCUGAACUCUAAUCUCCCUCCAUGUUGUUUGUGUGGAGCAGCUGUGAGAUGAAGCCAAACACUUUGUGUAGUCGCAUUUGAUUCAUUUCAGUUUUCUAACAGGACGCAGAAAAACCUCAUGUCAGGAGGAAAUAUUCAGUCACUGGACAAAGAAACAAACUGAUUUAUUAAAACAAGUUUCUUCAUAUUUUAAUAAAAACACUAAGAGUCUCAACAGGAAACAGCGGCUGGUGUCUCACCUGGACUCACCUGGACUCACCCUCACCUGCUCAGUGUUCACGCGGCACCACAGGACAGUGAAAGCAUCAGUGUGGUGUUUUGUGUCAGACGACUGUUUUCAGAUGAAGCUGCUUCUUUGUGUUGAACCGGUUGAUGUUUGUACAGUUGUGUACAGUUGUGCCGUUUGUUUUUUUUACAUUUGUAUUUUUGUACGCAUUAGACAAACGUUCUGAUGUAAAUAUAAGUUGUCUGAACACAGACGUCUCACAGUACUGCACCACGAGUAUAAAUAAAGUUUGAA